CUCGGGAUGGCCUCGGCUGCAGCUUGAUACCAAUUGAAACUCAUGUAAUCUACGUCCUGAUUUUCAUCGACCCUGGCCCCCUCUUCUCUCCCACUGUUUAAGGAAUCGAUUGCCAUUUUGUACUCAGUUGAACGCUUGCUGUGUCAAGAUGAAGACGCUACAUGCAGUGUGUGUUGUAGUUGUGGUGUGUCUGCUAUCGCUGCUGCCAACGCCCAUAUUGAGUCAGGUGACAGGAACGUGUCGUUGCUUGAAUAGAGGAGUUUGUAUUCAAGAUGCUUCAAUAAAUGGAAUAAGAUGUCAGUGUCCAUCUGGGUAUACUGGCAUACUCUGUGAACAAACUCUUCUCAUAGAUGACAGAAUCCCCCCAGUUGUCUUUAACUGUCCAUCUGACUUUGAGGUUCGGCGUGAAGCUGGGCAAUCAUCAGUAUUUGUGACAUGGGAUGAACCAUACGCUACCGAUAACUCUGGACAAGCACCUUUGGUCUCUAGAAAUGUGGCACCAGACUUCUAUGCUAGUGGAAACUACAUCUUCAAUGUUAUAUAUCGGUACACCGAUCAGGCUGGAUUGGUUGCAGAUUGCAGAUUCGCCAUCACGGUCUUAUACUCUGAAGAAGUACAACCAAUAUUCAUGGGUUGUCCAUCCGAUGUGAACAUGAGAAUCCAGACUGGUAUAAGUUCACCAGUUUACUGGGUAGAGCCAGUGGCUUCCCCUAUGUACCAAGGAAGCACCUCAAUCACCAAGUCACACUCACCAGGCUCCGUCUUCUAUGUGGGUACCACCAUGGUCACCUACACAUUCACUGAGUUUACAACAGGCAUUAAAUCUCUCUGUACAUUUGCUGUAGAAAUCAAUGCAGAUACCUGUCGCUGUGAGAAUGGUGGAACAUGUUUCCCUGAUGCUGCAAUGACAGGGAUAAUGUGCCAGUGCCUUGCUGGAUAUACAGGGACUAUCUGUGAGCAAAAUUCGUGCAGUUGCCAGAACAAUGGAGUGUGUCAGUAUGAUACAGUAGGCAUCAUGUGCCAGUGUCCUGUUGGAUAUAGUGGGUUACUGUGUGAACAGGUAGAUGGUGACUGUAAAUGUCAAAAUGGAGGAACGUGCUUUCAUGAUGCUACACUUCCUGGUGGUACUAUGUGUGUAUGUCCAGAAGGAUUCUCUGGAAUACUUUGUGAAACUUCUGCUGAUAGCAUUCCUCCAACCAUAACAUUCUGCCCUGAUGAUAUUGUUGCAAACAUUGUUUCUGAUCAACCUGUGUACAUCACCUGGCCGGAGCCAAUAGCAGUGGAUAAUUCUGGUAUAGCGCCCUCUGUUGUCCAGAAUGUCAACUCUGGGAUCUUUGUCCGAGCGGGACUUGUCAUCCCAGUUAUGUACAGAUUCACAGAUACAGCUGGUAACUUUGCCCUGUGUGAAUUCACCGUCUCAGGCAAAGCUAGUGACUGUGGGUGUCAAAAUGGAGGAACCUGCGUUCAUGAUGCUACACUUCCUGGCGGGAUUAUGUGUGUAUGUGCAGAAGGAUUCUCUGGAAUACUUUGUGCAACUCCCACAGCUGUUGAUAACAUUCCUCCAACCGUAACAUUCUGCCCUGAUGAUAUUGUUACAAACAUUCCUUCUGAUCAACCUGUGUACAUCACUUGGCCGGAGCCAAUAGCAGUGGAUAAUUCUGGUAUAGCGCCCUCUGUUGUCCAGAAUGUCAACUCUGGGAUCUUUGUCCAAAAAGGAAGUGUCAUCCCAGUUAUGUACAGAUUCACAGAUACAGCUGGUAACUUUGCCCUGUGUGAAUUCACCGUCUCAGGCGAAGACACUGUUCCCCCAGUGGUGGAUUUCUGCCCUCCUGAUAUCAUGGCUACAGCAGCUGAAGUUGAUGCAGUGAUGUUUGUAACCUGGGCCUUACCCAGAGCAUCUGACAACUCGGGCCAGCCAGUCAAGGUGACCUCCAGUGCAAUGCCUGGUAUAUUUGUAGUUGCUGGUACCAUGCAGACAGUGACUUAUACAUUCACUGAUGGGUCAGGCAACCAAGCAACCUGUUCCUUCAGUAUUGUCAUAGAGGCUCCUUUUGUAGCAGGCCCAAUCAUCGUCAAUUGCCCAUCAGAUGUGAUGCUAAACAUUACAGACAUGAGUAGUAUGGCGUCAGGUAUCUGGUUAGAGCCAACUGCCACUAGGGAUGGGAUCAUGGUUCCUAUUGUUGAGCAGUCCCACCAAUCAGGAUCCAGCUUUGGAGUGGGGGAGACCAUUGUCAAAUAUCUGUUCCGUGAUUCAACAGGGACUGCAGAGUGUGUAUUUACAGUCACAGUUACCGUCAUUAUUGAAGUUCCCCAGCCGCCAACUGAUGUGCAAAUCGUUGAUGUCACUUCAACAUCUGCCUUAGUAACUUGGACCGCACCUGCUGCUAACUUUGACUCCUAUCGUCUGACCACUAUUAGUCCUGGUUCCACUGUUGUGGCUUCGGUUGACCCAUCCCAGGAGACACUGGAACUGUCUGCACUAAUACCGAACACCGAAUACACAGUGGAAGUUGCCACAGCUUUAGGAUCAGAGUUUGACUCACAGAGAGUCAGCACACCAGUGGCUGUUUCAUUUAAAACCGUUGCUAUAGAUACCAUUCCACCAGUAAUAUCGGGUUGUCCUGAUGACAUUAUUCUGCCCGCUGCUAGUAACUCGGCUAACUGGACAGAGCCUACAGCUACAGAUGACUCAGGGUUGGUCCCAGAGGUCAGCAAAUCACAUGAACCUGGAGCAGUGUUUGAUUUUGGUUCUACUAAUGUUACCUACACAUUCACUGACCAGGCUGGCAAUGCAGCAGAGUGUGUGUUCAAUAUCAACAGAAUGCAAGCCACAAUGCCCCCACCACCUCCGUCUCCAACCCCGCCCCCAUUUCCCUCCCCAGACCCGGUUACUUCUACUCCACCCCCAACCACUACUCCUGUUGUUGAUACGACACCCCCUGUGAUAGACAACUGCCUGUCAUUCGUCAUCCUACCCAAUUGUAGUAAUUGUGGGACAUGGUUAGAGCCAACAGCUACUGAUGACUCUGGUGAACCACCAAUGGUCUCUAGUACCCAUCAGCCUGGCUUUCCAUUCUCAGCAGGCUCUACAACAGUCACCUAUACGUUUACCGAUGCUGCUGGCAACCAGGCAGAAUGCUCUUUUCAAGUUUUCCGUCUUGAAGGUCCAGUGGAUAUGCCUCCAGUUAUCAGUGGUUGUCCAUCUGAUAUAACAUUACCAUUAGAUGUUACCAUUGCAAACUGGACUGAGCCAUCUGCUAUGGAUGAUACUGGUGUUCAGCCUAUUGUCACUAAGUCUCAUGAGCGAGGAAGCAACUUCACUGAAGGAAACACUACUGUAUCAUACGUGUAUACUGAUCAAGCAGGAAACAGUGCCAUCUGCUCAUUUCUAGUAAUUGUUACCUUUGAUACUCUCCCUCCAGUAAUAAGUGACUGUCCAUCAGAUAUUGUACUACCUCUUGGUAUGACUGUUGCUAACUGGAUAGAACCAACAGCUACCGAUAACUCUGGUAACCUUCCUAUCGUCGUCAAGUCACAUGAGCCAGGAACCAACUUCACUGAAGGAAGUAUUGUGACGUACACAUUUACUGAUGGUGCUGGGAAUGAGGCAGUCUGCUCAUUUCUAGUUGUCAUACUUGAUACUCUACCUCCAGUAAUAAGUGACUGUCCAUCAGAUAUUAUACUACCUCUUGGUAUGACUGUUGCUAACUGGAUAGAACCAACAGCUACCGAUAACUCUGGUAACCUUCCUAUCAUCAUCAAGUCACAUGAGCCGGGAACCAACUUUGCUGAGGGAAAUACUACUGUGUCGUACACAUUCUUUGAUGAUGCAGGGAACCAGGCUAACUGCACAUUUGUUGUGGUGGUUACAUUCGAUACUGUACAUCCAGUAAUAAGUGGCUGUCCAUCAGAUACUGUACUACCUCUUGGUAUGACUGUUGCUAACUGGAUAGAACCAACAGCUACUGAUAACUCUGGUAACCUUCCUAUCAUCAUCAAGUCACAUGAACCGGGAACCAACUUCUCUGAAGGAAAUACCACUGUGUCUUACAUUGCCAUUGAUGAUGCAGGGAACCAGGCUACUUGCACAUUUAUUGUGGUUGUUUCAUUCGAUACUCUACCUCCAGUAAUAAGUGGCUGUCCAUCAGAUAUUAUACUACCUCUUGGUAUGACUGUUGCUAACUGGAUAGAACCAACAGCUACUGAUAACUCUGGUAACCUUCCUAUCAUCAUCAAGUCACAUGAGCCGGGAACCAACUUUGCUGAGGGGAAUACUUCCGUAUUGUACACGUUCAUCGAUGAUGCAGGGAACCAGGCUAACUGCACAUUUGUUGUGGUGGUUACAUUCGAUACUCUACCUCCAGUAAUAAGUGACUGUCCAUCAGAUACUGUACUACCUCUUGGUAUGACUGUUGCUAACUGGAUAGAACCAACAGCUACUGAUAACUCUGGUAACCUUCCUAUCAUAGUCAAGUCACAUGAGCCAGGAACCAACUUUGCUGAGGGAAAUACUACUGUGUCGUACACAUUCUUUGAUGAUGCAGGGAACCAGGCUAACUGCACAUUUCUUGUGGUGGUUACAUUCGAUACUCUACCUCCAGUAAUAAGUGGCUGUCCAUCAGAUACUGUACUACCUCUUGGUAUGACUGUUGCUAACUGGAUAGAACCAACAGCUACUGAUAACUCUGGUAACCUUCCUACCGUCGUCAAGUCACAUGAGCCGGGAACCAGCUUUGCUGAGGGAAAUACUACUGUGUCGUACAUUGCCAUUGAUGAUGCAGGGAACCAGGCUGACUGUUCAUUUGUUGUGUUUGUUACACUUGAUACUCUCCCUCCAGUAAUAAGUGACUGUCCAUCAGAUAUUAUACUACCUCAUGGUAUGACUGUUGCUAACUGGAUAGAACCAACAGCUACCGAUAACUCUGGUAACCUUCCUAUUGUUGUCAAGUCACAUGAGCCGGGAACCAGCUUUGCUGAGGGAAAUACUUCUGUAUCGUACUCAUUCUUUGAUGAUGCAGGGAACCAGGCUAACUGCACAUUUCUUGUGGUGGUUACAUUCGAUACUCUCCCUCCAGUAAUAAGUGACUGUCCAUCAGAUAUUAUACUACCUCUUGGUAUGACUGUUGCUAACUGGAUAGAACCAACAGCUACCGAUAACUCUGGUAACCUUCCUAUUGUUGUCAAGUCACAUGAGCCGGGAACCAGCUUUGCUGAGGGAAAUACUUCUGUAUCGUACUCAUUCUUUGAUGAUGCAGGGAACCAGGCUAACUGCACAUUUCUUGUGGUGGUUACAUUCGAUACUCUACCUCCAGUAAUAAGUGACUGUCCAUUAGAUAUAAUACUACCUCUUGGUAUGACUGUUGCUAACUGGAUAGAACCAACAGCUACUGAUAACUCUGGUAACCUUCCUACCGUCGUCAAGUCACAUGAGCCGGGAACCAACUUCUCUGAAGGAAACACCACUGUGUCUUACACAUUCUUUGAUGAUGCAGGGAACCAGGCUAACUGCACAUUUGUUGUGAUUGUCACACUUGAUAAAACCGCUCCAGUUGUUAUGAACUGCCCAUCUAAUGUGAGCAUCCCAUAUGGUAGCAACACCACUAGUUGGUCGGAGCCUACAGCAACAGACAAUGCUGGUCCAGUGACUAACGCCAUUAGAUCCCAUACCCCAGGAUCUACAUUCUUAGAUGAGAUAACAAUGGUGACUUAUACAUUCACUGAUGCUCAAGGCAAUCAAGCCAAUUGUGUAUUCUUGGUUAUCCGUCUUGGAGACGAUGUACCCCCUGUAAUCAGUGGUUGUCCGUCCACGGUGGUCCUACCUCCUGGGGUCAAUGAGGCAACCUGGGUCGAGCCUACAGCAGUUGAUAACUCCGGAGAAGCACCAAGCGUGAAUAAGUCUCUUGAACCAGGGAGUAUAGUCAGUGGUAACACUACUACAGUAGUCUACACCUUCACUGAUGCAGCUGGCAAUCAAGCUAACUGUGUCUUCUUUGUCAAAACUACACCAGUUGAUUUGCCACCGAUGGUAUUUGCAUGUCCGGAGAGCAUCAGUGUGUCCCUGCUGCUAUCUGAGGUUGAUGAAGGGGCAUCUACAAUCUGGGCUGAACCCUUUGCCAUUGAUGACUCUGGUGUUGAGCCUACAUUAGUUCAGACUCAUGCUCCAGGAUCUAAGUUCCCACUUGGAGAUACAACUGUUACAUACACCUAUAGUGACCAAGCAGAUAACCAAGCCAACUGCUCAUUUGUUGUCUCUGUCCAAUCAGUUGAUGAUGUCCCACCAGUCAUCACAGGUUGUCCUGCCAACAUGGUUCUAGAUCUUCCAUUAACACAGCCUAACAUUGUUGUUAGAUGGACAGAGCCAUCAGCUAUGGAUGAAUCUGGUGAAGCGCCCUCUCUCAUUAAGACUCACACCCCUGGGGAUUCAUUCCUUGAAGGAGUAACGAGAGUCAGGUAUACAUUCAGUGAUGAUCGCAACAAUCAGGAAGAAUGCUCAUUUGAUAUCAUAGUGGUUAGAGAAGCGGACGUUUUACCACCAAGCAUCAUCAACUGCCCGUCCAGUCAGGCCUUUGUAAUUCCUGCAGGGAACCAGUUUAUGAUUGUCAUGUGGAAUACACCUACAUCCAUUGAUAACUCAGGAGAGCAGGCUGUUCAGACUAGUAACAAAAACUCAGGAGAUGUGUUUGAAGAAGGCAUCACGCUGGUUAUGUAUAACUUCACUGAUGCAGCAGGCAACGUGGCAACUUGUGAAUUCACUAUCACUCUGUCAACCCCUGUACUGAACCCAUGCCAGACUCGACCAUGCAGAGAUAAUGAAAACUGUUUCUAUAGUUCCAAUGACUAUAUCUGUGUACCAGGUGCCUUCAGAAGGAGGAGAGAGACCUCAAACCUUAAAGAAAAGAUUGGACGUUUUAUAGCAGAUGAAAUAGCGGCUCCAUGUGCAUGUAUGAAUGGUGGAACCUGCUCCUCAGAUGAUUAUUCUGAAGGGACAAGGUGUAACUGUACUUCAGGAUUCUCAGGAAUUCUAUGUCAAGAUGAUGUCAAGUACAAUGAUGAGUCUUUCACACUUACCUGGUGGUAUCUGGUUGCUGUGGCAUCACUCAUUCUUUUAAUCAUGCUUAGCAUCUUAGCAUUCUGCUUAACUUCUAAAACACAGACAAAAAGUGUUCAACAUGUAUAUGAUGUAACAAAUAAUAUCUAAUACUACUAUAAUAAUAAUUCUGUUGUGAUAUAUUUUUGGGAUACUUAUUUUUGUAAUGUAUAUGGUCAUAUAUUUUCGAUUUGCAGUCAGUGCUACAGUUAUUGGUUCCUUUACUCAUCUGGAGUUUUUUAAAUUGUUUGGUCUGGGUAUCUGGUUAUGUGACAGUAUGACAUGAUUUGUACUCGCAGUGUGCAUUGCAGUAAGCUGCACUCGCACUGAUUGGUCAGUUCAGUAAUCAAUUAGGACUGUAUUGAUUUUCAAUACUUUUGGGGCAUGAUGUGUUCAGAUAUUCCAGAUGUUACGAUGUCCAUUUUAAAUCUCAUAACAACUUUGAAACAAGUAAUUGAAGUCCAUUUUGUGAAUAUAUACUAUUCUUUCAUAUUUCUGAAGCAGUAGAGAACUUUGAGAUCAAUUAGUAGUCCUAUAUAGACAUUAGAAUGAGGUUUGGGUAUUUAUUCACUCAAUUAGUACAUUAAACAUGCUUUUUUAUACCCAUUUUAAAGUAUUUUUUAUCUGCAUCAAAUCAUAUCCAUUCUCUGUAUCCAUGCCACAGUGUCUGUUUGGCAUGUGGUUGAUUUGCAGUGUAAACACUAUUAUUACAUUAACAUGCUUUUUUAUUCCCCUUUUAAAAGUAUUUUUAUCUGCAUCAAAUCACAUCCAUUCGCUGUAUCCACGCCACAGUUACUGUGUAGCAUGUGGUUGAUUUGAAUCAUUUUGAAGUGUAAACAUUGUUAUUCCGUCUUUUGAUAAUGAGCAGAAAUUACAGAACUUGUAAAUCCUAUAUGCUUCAUUUCUUGAUUUAAUUGUUAUUUGUGUUUAUUCCGAAGUGUAGAAAAGUCCUUUAAUUUCAUUUAUGCCAUUUUAAUAACCAGUAUUUAUUCUAAGUGUGACUUCGAUUUUAGUGUAGAAAAUUCUUUUUAGGAACAAAUAAUGGGCAAUUUAUAGACCAUGAAGUAUGCGUACACCACUUGUUUACAAAACAGUCAACAAGCCUGAACUUCCUGCAGGCAUGAUUUUUAUGCAUGCAGCCCAAUGGAAGAAAACAUAAAAUCUGAUAUUUUUUAUAGAGAUUUGCACUGUCAUAUUUUCGUCAACUUUUGAGAUGAUGAAGGAGUAUUUCUCAAAUUUGUUAAGUUGUUAUUUUUGUUUUAAACUAUUGAGUCUAUGUUGAAUUAUAACACAAAAUUUGAAAUUUGCCAUAUGACCAGAAAAGGCCCUUGACUGUACAUGGUCACUCUUUUAAACAAAAGGUUACUUAACAUGGUCUACACCCACGUGAACAUUUCUGUUUGGUGAACAUUUCUGUUUGGUGAUCUUUUAAUGUCAAUAAUAUAUUUAUGAUGAUCCAUAUUUUAUAAUAUAAAUAUUAAUAUUAAACUUUUAACAUUCCAUAAUAACACUUUUUAUUUACUAGAUAGUCAUCAGUGUACAUGAUAGUUACUUCUUUAUAAAGUGGUGUCAGUAAUUACCACAGGUGAAUCGGUUUUGUAAGGGGGUUGAGAACUAUGCAGAUAUGUUUAUAUGCCACAAUAAUGAGCUGCAAAGUUUGUGUUGUCUUUCUCAAGCUGUGCAGGUAUUCAUGCAUAGUGUAAAAUUAAAAUCAAAGAA